AUGCCAACGGAGUGGGAUUGGAGGAAGUUUGGGGUUGUGACCCCUCCAAGAAAUCAAGGAAAGUGUGGUUCGUGUUGGAGUUUCGCGGCCGCCUGUGUUCUCGAGAGUCAUAACAUGAAGAGAUUGAUAGCGGAGGGAAAGUUUGACCCCAAGAGUCAACUCACAGUCAGUGAACAGAAUUUUAUUGACUGUUCCGCAGAUUUCGGUACAAUUGGUUGUGACGGAGGUUUGUAUUGGAUGCCUCAGCAAGCAUUCAAAUAUGUGGCCGCAAACAAAGGCAUUAUGGGAGUAGAUUCCUACCCCUACACCGGGAAGAAAGACAAGUGUGUCUACAAUGUGGCCAAAAGAGUGGACGUCGAAGUGAAAGAAGGCAAACGACUGAAGACAGGACAGGACGCAGACCUGGUCACCGCGAUCUACAACUACGGACCCGUUGCCAUCGCAGUGCACGUCACCAAAGAUAUGGCCGCUUAUAAAUCCGGCAUUUUCGAUGACUCCAAGUGUAGCGCAAAGAAAGUGAAUCACGCGGUGGUAGCCGUCGGAUACCAUUCCGACUACUUCAUUGUCAGAAAUAGUUGGGGCCCGAAGUGGGGAGAGGACGGGUAUAUCAGGAUCGCCAGGAGUAAGACAAACAACUGCGGGGUCUCGCAGCAA